CCAUGCACACCACAUUUUGGAGAGAUUCACAUUUCACUGAUCAACAUAUCAACAGCCUGCAAUUCAACCUGCUUCGUGAAAUUCAUAGACUUUCUUACAUUCGCCUAACCACCUUCCAUAAGCGCUGCUGCAGCCAUGGCUUCCGCUUGCAUCGCCUCCUCCGCCCUGGCCAGCGCCUCCCUGAGCAGUUCAUUCAAGUCCGUGCUGCCCUCCACCCAGGUGCAAAGCUCCUUCCUAGGGCAUGCCAUCUGCGCCAAGCCCGCUCACAAGGUUUCCUACAGGAGGGAAUUGGUCAUCAGCGCAGCAUUGAAGAAGGCCGUUGCAGUGCUGAAGGGAGAGAGCAAGGUCACUGGGACCAUCACGCUGGAGCAGGAGGAUGACGGCCCGGUGAAGGUGACGGGGAAGAUCACUGGCCUGGCCCCUGGCGAGCACGGCUUCCACCUUCACCAGUUUGGCGACACCACCAACGGGUGCAUUUCGACUGGUCCUCACUUCAACCCCAACGGCAAGACCCACGGGGCCCCUGGCGAUGAGGAGAGGCACGCGGGGGAUCUUGGCAAUGUUGUUGCUGAUGAUCAAGGCGUGGCUACCAUUAAUAUCACCGACAAGCAGAUUCCCCUCAGCGGGCCCAACUCCGUCGUUGGUCGCGCCUUUGUUAUUCACGAGCUCAAGGACGACCUCGGCAAGGGCGGCCACGAGCUGAGCUCCACCACAGGCAACGCCGGAGGCAGGCUCGCAUGCGGUGUUGUUGGCCUCACCCCUACAUCCUGAUUUGUAUGCGGCGGCGCAAUAAUGGGUCGCCCGUGCCUUUCAAUCUGGUAAAUGGAGCCUUGAUAACAAGAAGGCAUAGCAAUUUUUGACUUUUCGAGGAACCAUAGAAAGUACUUUGCGACCCUUCCUGCAAGCACAAGCCGUUUCUUACUGCACUUUCGACCAGUUUUCCACAAGCAAGAUCAUCAUCCAAGGAUGCAUCCCUGGCCGUUGGUGUGAAGUCUCCGAUUCGUCCUGUAGCACUUCAAGAGUCACAAUAUACCCGUGGAAUGAAGCAAUUGUGUGUACGGGACCGGCAUGUGCUGACUUGGUGAACUUCGCUGGUCAGGGACUAACAUCUGCUGAUUCAUGAAGGUCGCUGGUCAACCAAGUGUGUGCAUGCAAGGUCUGGAGCAGAAUCAUAAAUCAGAAAUGUUAGAAACCUCAGAAACAACACCGGAAAAAAAAAAAACCCCGCGGAAAAAGCGGAUUUUAAAAACUUGAUUCGGCCGCACCUCUAAUCAGGAACAUUUCAAGAAGUUCAAACCUUUGAGGUUACCUUCCAUCCAACGAGAGUCAAUUUGUUCGCCGAACCCGUCAAGUUUUACUCGGUUUGGAAAGGUUGAGGGUGUACGUCCGGUUAGUGAGUGGCCCCCUCAUUGUGUGUGGACGGUCAAGCGGACUUUUUGACUAUUUUGGGGGGCGAUGAUGUGAGACAACUGUCAGAUUGGCCGGGCCGGGCUGGUUUGUAAAGUGCAAAUCUGAAAGGGUG